GUGUUGUGAAACUGAAAUUCAAGGGUAAGGUGCUAGCUAGAGAAAGAAAAAAGUCCUUGUGAGUCUUUGAUUCUAGCAUCCUUCCUUUGUGCAAGUUUAAAGAAUGGAGAACCAACAAGAAAUGAUGAAAGUAGAAAAGGUAUGUGAAAUCUAUGAAAAAAUCUCCAAACUAGAAGACCUCAACCCUUCAAACCAUGUCAACAACCUCUUCACCCAACUUGUCACAAUUUGCACCACCCCAUGCCAAAUAGAUGUUACCAAACUAAGCCAACAAGUUAGAGAAACCAUAGCCAAGCUAAUUAGGCUUUGUGGGAAAGCUGAAGGGCUUCUUGAGAACCACUACUCAACCCUAAUAGGAUCAUAUGAGAACCCUUUAAGCCACAUGAAACUCUUCCCUUACUACUCCAACUACUUCAAACUUAGCCACUUGGAGUUCACCAUGUUAACCACUCACAUCACACAAGUCCCUACCCAACUAGCCUUUGUGGGGUCAGGUCCUCUUCCUCUCACCUCAAUCAUGUUGGCCACACAUUACCUCAAACACACAUGCUUCCACAACUACGACAUGGAUCCAUUGGCAAAUGCCAAGGCCCAUGAACUUGUCUCCUCGGACACCGACUUGUCGAAGAGGAUGUUCUUCCACACUUGUGACAUUCUAAACGUGUCGAAUGGCCUCAAGGACUACAACGUGGUGUUCUUGGCAGCACUUGUGGGAAUGGACCAUAAGGAGAAAGGAAGAGUCAUUAGCCACUUGGCCAAAUUCAUGGCUCCUGGGGCUAUUUUGUUGCUGAGGAGUGCACAUGGUGCUAGGGCUUUUCUCUACCCUGUGGUUGAUCCUUCUUCUGAUCUCAAAGGCUUUGAAGUUCUAUCGGUUUUUCACCCCACUGAUGAGGUUAUUAACUCGGUUAUUGUUGCACGCAAAGGGCUUUAUUCAUCACCAGUGUUGGCUAGCAAAUGCUCUGGAGUUGAAGGGUUUAAUCACUUCAACCAUGGGAAUGUUAUUGAGGAGUUGACCGUUGACGAUCAGGCUUGACUCUUGAGGGGACUUGCUCACUCCUUAAUUUGUGGCAUCGCUCAAAUUAAAGCAGUGUUAUGAAUCAAUUAUUGGAUCUAAUAGUGCAAUAUAACUGUAUUAGUCGUGAUUAUCAAACCCAAAAUGUCUUACCACCAAAAGAUUAUUGUUGUUGGAUAAUAAAACGGUUUUGUUAACAUCUUAA